AUGUAAGACGAUUUUAAUUCUCAUCCUGAGAUCAUGAAAUCACAGCUAAGCAUGCUGCCUCCUAUUGAAUAAUAUACUUUACAGUAGUUAGCUAAUAAACGAAAAAUAAAUUUCAAUAUGAUGCUUUCAUUACCGGUUUAAUAUUAUAUUUCUAUUUGCAGUUUCUACUGAAAGACAAAGCCUUAGAAGAUAGAAAGGAUACUAUUGCAAUAUAUAGAAAACAUAAAUUUGAGCCUUUAAAACCUUAACAACAUAAAGUGACUUUGAUUAAUAAUGGUCGCAUUCAUUGUACUGAGUUUUGGUCAGAUAAAUAUCAAAGCACUGCUUUAAGAGAUUCUCAUAUUGAUAGAAAUUUAGAUAAAUAUAGACAGAUCAUAAAAAAUAACAUCUAAGAUUAUUUAAUUAAAUUUGAUAUGCAAGCUAAAGAAUAAUUGGAAGAAACAAAAAGGUAUUAAUUAAAUAGAUUCAAGAAUUAAAUAUUAAGAAAUCUUCAAAAAGCAAUGUUCUAUCUCUGAUGAAGAGUUUGAACUAUCAAAUAAUUAGUUAAAUCUUAUUUAAUGCACUUAAGAUGAAAUUAUUAAUUAUUAUAGAGAGAUAAAAUAGCAUGAUUCUGCUAAAAAGACUAGUUUAAGAAAUCUUGAUAAGAUAACAUGUAGUAGUGUAAAAUAAAGUUUUAUUGAAAAAUUUGAUAAAGUAAUUACUACUUGUGAUCGAAAUUCUAUUGCAUCCAAUAGAAAUUCUUUAGAUAGCAUUAAGUAUUAAUAAUAAUAUAUAAAAUUCUAGAACUUGUGGAUAUGUGAAUGUUAAAUAAAGAACUAAACAUAUUGUUGGUAGCAAAACAAGUAGAAGUCAUUAUAAUUGA